AUGGGACAGGAGCGAGGAGGAAGACAGGGAACCAUGGGACUUCCUGAACUCGUAUCUCCUCAAUUGGCACUCACUCUUUCAUUGGGUUAUUGUAGUGGCAGCGGUGGGAGGGAAGAUUAUGGUUGUGGUGGCGAUAUCGAAGAGAAGGAGGUGGUGUAG